AUGGUCCCACCAGAGAAGCCGGUUCCCGUGGACACCUGUGAUAAUCCACGUAGUUCCGUCAACAUCCAUGUUUUUAUAGUGAAGAGCCCCACAGAGGGCCACAGAAGCAAGGUGACGAAGGGAACAUCAUCGUUUGGAAAGCGUCGCAAUAAGACGCACACGUGCCACUGCUGUGGCUCUAAGGCCUACCGCCUUUGGAAGUUGACCUGUGGCAAAUGUGGCUACUCCGCCAAGCGCAAGAGAAAGUAUAACUGCAGUGCCAAGGCUAAAAGACAAAAUACCACCGGGACUGGUCGAAUGAGGCACCUAAAAAUUGUAGACCGUGGAUUCAGGCAGAGAUUCCGUGAAGGAACAACACCUAAACCCAAGAGGGCAGCUGCUGCAGCAUCCAGUUCAUCUUAAGAAUUUCAACGAUUAGUAAUGCAAUAAAUGUUCUGGUUUAAAAAAAAA